AAUACAUAGUGUUCUCUGAAUCGGAUAUUUGUGCUGCCUCACGCGCAAUAUUUGCGAGUUGUCGGUGCAAGCAAGACUUGAGACGACUGAGAGCGCCCGUGCAACUUGUGCCGAUCAUUACUGCUUUUGGAAGGACAUUCUACAUAUAAUAUAUAGAGAUGGCACCGAAUAAGCGCGGCGGGCCUCCAAGUAACGAAGCUUUGGCCAUCCUGAAAAACAAGCAGCAGCAGGCGGCUGGCAAGGCGGCUGGCGAAAAGACAACCACUAUAGAGGCGAAUUCAAGAGCUGAACCCAAGGAUUUCGCAAGCAGCGUCAUUACAAAGGAGGAAGUGGAGGCUCGCGGUGCCGGCACCGACGACUGCGGGGAUACCUAUGACCCCCGGCGGUUUUGGUGGAGCGAAUACCGCGUUUUCUUCACAGGCCUCAUGUUCCUCACCCGACUGCCUGCUCCCUCGGGCAUCGACCACCACCCGGCCUUCCUGGUUCGCUCCAUGAUGUGGUUCCCGCUGCUGGGUGUCAUCAUCGGCGGCUGGGGCGGUGUGUUCUACAACGCCGCUGCCGUGCUGUGGCCGCCCGCCAUCGCAGCCGUGCUGUCCACCUUUGCUACCGUGUGGCUGACGGGCUGCUUCCAUGAAGACGGCCUGGCGGAUACCUUUGACGGUUUCGGCGGCGGUUGGGGUCGCGCCCAGAUCCUACGUAUCAUGAAGGAUAGUCGUGUGGGCACCUACGCACUUGUGGGCACCUGCCUGUCGCUGUGCCUCAAGCUGGCCGCGCUCGCCACGCUGGGGUCUACAGCGGCGGCGGCUGGCGGCGGCGGCGUGUCAGUGGCGGCGGCGCUGAUUGCCGUACAUGUUGCCAGUCGUUGGACGUGCAUUCCGCUCACCGCCUGCUGCACCUACAUCCAGGACGAGGAGGACGCCAAGCGUGGCAUGUACAACUGGAUGGCUCAGAGCACCCGCCUGCUUACCCCGCCCCGCCUGCUGCUAGGAACGCUGGUGGCAGCUGCCGUACCGUUGGUGGCCCUAGGCCUGCAGCGCGCUUGUAUGGUGUACGGCGUAGUGCUGGUUGUGACAGUUGCAAGCGGUUUCUAUGGCAAUGCCGUUAUCGGCGGCGUGAUGGGGGACUUCCUGGGUGCCACAAUCCAGGUGGCGGAGACGCUGUGUUACUGCGUGUUGUGUGCGGACUGGGGGCGUGUGAACGGGUUGCAGGCUGCGACGCCGCUGCUGGUGCUGGUGGGGGUGGCGGCGUUGCCGGUGUUGUACUGCCGCCGAGUGGUGGACAUGGGAAGCUGCUGAGCAGUGGCGGGUGGCUUUUACCUGCCUGAAGGGGGUAGAAGGCCAAAGCGGUGGCUUGUCCAAUUCUCGGAUGCCUGCGAUACUGAGCGUGAAGAUACGUGUGUUCUUACUCUUGUCGGUUCCAGAUGUUUCAAAAGUUGGUGCGGCUAGAGCACAGGCCGGCUUACUGCGACCCCUAUGUAUGGGUUAUGAAGUUAUGAUCGACUUGGGCCCGUUAAGUAUACCGCUAUCUGCGCAGUUUCUUAUGUUAGCGACAUCAUAUUCACCUACUGUACCUGGGUUUCCCCCUGGAUACCGGUGCAUACGCGAGCUGCAGGGAGGCAUUUAUGAUUUAGCAGGAAGAACUUGAUGUACGUUGUCCCUUGUCCGCCUCAUGAGCGCCAUGUUCCGGUUGCGGGUUGGUUUGCCGGGCGAACUGCCCUGUGACGAAGCUAGACGUAAAUAUUCCGUGUCGCGUACGAAAUGGCUUUGCAGCUCCAGCUGGCUCCAGUCGCGUUACUGGUCGAGUUGUCAGCUGUCGUUUCACGCAGUCUACUAUCUACAGCAAAUUUUCUUUACAAGCAUCUACCACCAUAUGAACCGAC